CUGGCGCAGACAACUUGUGGACCGCUCCACACGGACUGUGUGACCGAUACCGUCGAGGCUCCCUUUUUUACGCGUAUUCAAGCUGCACCAUCGAGGCGAGACGGCGACCUCAGUCGAUUACCUUUCUUUCCUCUGCUAUCCCAUGGAUAUUCACUGCAAAGCAGACCCCUUCUCGGCGAUGCACCGGCACGGCGGUGUGAACCAGCUCGGCGGGGUGUUUGUGAACGGCAGACCCCUCCCGGACGUGGUGAGGCAGCGGAUAGUGGAGCUGGCCCAUCAAGGCGUGCGGCCCUGCGACAUCUCCCGACAGCUCCGGGUCAGCCACGGCUGCGUCAGCAAAAUCCUCGGCAGGUACUACGAAACCGGCAGUAUUAAACCCGGGGUCAUAGGUGGCUCCAAACCAAAGGUGGCGACUCCCAAAGUGGUGGAUAAAAUAGCCGAAUAUAAACGACAGAACCCGACAAUGUUCGCGUGGGAGAUCCGAGACCGGCUAUUGGCUGAGGGCGUAUGCGACAACGACACUGUGCCCAGCGUGUCAUCCAUCAACAGGAUUAUCCGCACCAAAGUCCAGCAGCAGUUUCACCCGUCGCCCGAUGGAUCCGUGACACCGCUGUCCACGCCGGGCCACACUAUAGUCCCUAGCACGGCCUCCCCUCCGGUGACCAGCGCCUCCAAUGACCCCGUGGGCUCCUACUCCAUCAACGGCAUCCUGGGCAUCCCCCGCUCCAACGGCGAGAAGAGGAAAAGGGAUGAUGUUCUCUGGAGUGGCAACCACUUGGAUGGGAGGAAAAUAGGACAUUAUGGCUCGGAUGGCUCAGGUCCAGGCAGUGAUUCGCAGGGCAGUGUGGAGAGUCUAAGGAAGCACCUGAGAGCGGACGCCUUCACUCAACAGCAGCUGGAGGCCCUAGACCGGGUCUUUGAGCGGCCAUCUUACCCCGAUGUCUUCCCCACCUCAGAGCACAUCAAGCCCGAGCAGGCCAACGAAUACUCCCUGCCCUCUCUGAACGCCGGGCUGGAGGACGUGAAACCCAGCCUCCCCACCAGCGCCAGCUCCGAACUGGCCUCCAGCGUGUCCCAGAGCUACUCGGUGGUGACAGGUCGUGACAUGGCGAGCACAACCUUACCUGGCUACCCUCCCCAUGUGCCCCCCACAGGACAAGGCAGCUACCCCACCUCCACGCUCGCCGGAAUGGUCCCUGGAGGAGAUUUUUCUGGAAACCCUUACUCUCAUCCGCAGUACACCACAUACAAUGAAGCAUGGCGGUUCAGCAAUCCAGCAUUACUAAUGCCGCAUCCCGUGGCUCCGCCCCUCCCACUGCUGCCACUGCCUACGACCGCCACUAGUUACCACGGCGACCAGCUCAAACUGCAGGGCCACGGCUUGGGCCUCCAUAUUGUCCCCGUCUGAGCAACACUUGAGGUCAAAGGGAGGCAGAGGAGCGGAACGCAUUCACGGACGCAGUGGUCAUGUGACUGGCAAUGAGGAAGGAGGAAGGAGGACCAGAUCAGCGGCGCCUAAUUCACACUUUGGGUCUAAAUUAAAGGGGAACUGCAAGUGACCAGACCUCAUCGCUCUCUCAAAGGCCCGAACAUUUCCAAGAAUGACUUUAAGAGAUUAUAUAAAUAUAUAUAUUAUAAAAUAUUAAUUGAAGACAAACAGUGUGAAGAAUACCAUGUGGAAAAAUGUUGUGGGUUUUUAUUUUUGUUUCUUUGUUGCUGUUGUUGUUGUUGUUAUUUUAUUCAUAGUUCUUCACAUU